AUGGCUCAGUCAGGGCCUGCUCCUCCUCCACCUGAGAACGUUGAUCGCACAGCAAUGGCCGGGGGAGAAAUUUUGCCAAGCCAUCGUCCGUCAAGGCUGGCUGAGAGGAUGCAAUUGCAGCCCGCGAGGCGACUUGCUCGCCUGCCUUGCGCCAUCCAAAAUCUCGGGGCCCUCCAGGCGAUCGCCGAGGGCGCUCUCUACACGCUGAGCAUGGGGCUUGCCCGCCGCCAGUCUCACACAGGCCGCCAACUCCCAAUCCAUCGGGGGGAGGGGGAGGGACUUCUCUUAGAAGCUGACGCGCCAACUCCGGAGCGUGUUGGAGCAUGUAGUCCCUCCUCGUCGUUGUUUCCAUAUAAAAUGCUAAGCUCGAUGCUCAACAAUCAAUCAUGCGUGCAGUUAAAGCUUUGUGCUAAACGGGAGAAACACUCGGACAAUCCCGAAGACCCGAAGGCAGACGAUACGGUGCUCUUGAUGGCUAGAUAG